AUGAAAUUCGUUCGACAGAAAUGCCCGGAUAUUCCGGUACCAGAGGUCCGUGGUGCUUGGGAGGUUGACGAACAAGAUGGCGAAAAGACAGGCUACUUCGCUGUGUCUGUGUUACCUGGAUCUAUACUCCGUGACCUCUGGCCCACAUUGACCGACGGCGAGAAAAAGACGGUUCUGGACGAUUUGGCGGAGAUUCUAGUACAACUACGAUGUGUUCAGGCUCCAGAAAACUCCAUGAUUGGAGCAGUUGACGGCAUAGGACCGGCUGCCGAUCUCAGAGCCGGUGGCACUGUACUUGGAGGUCCGUUUCCCUCGGAGUGCGACUUCAAUGAAUGGCUACUCUCUCUCAUCCACCCCGAAUCACGGCAACAUUGCUCAGAUUUCUUCGUCGAAACGAUUCACGGCUGCCUCGCAGGCCUGAGUGCCCAUCAGAUUCGAUUUUCGCACGGAGACUUAGGAAUGCAUGACAUCCUGGUGGAAGGUGGGAGAAUCACAGGCAUAAUCGAUUGGGAGUACGCAGGCUGGUACCCGGAGUACUGGGAGUACGUGAAGAUGAUCCAAUUCUCAAGGGAGAAGCAGUUUUUGUGCUGGUGCCAACAGUGUUGGGACAUUGGUGGUUUAAAGGUGCGCUAUGACAGAGAGUUCGUGGUGGACAACAUGCUAGACAGUCAAGUCAGACACGGGGCAAGAGUUAUCAAACGGCCAAGAUAA